CGCGUCACUGCGGUUCUCUAUACCUGUCAAUUAGUGCUUCCAUGGACCUCAUCUGUAAUGGAAGCUCGUCGAGGAGUCUUGGUUUUCUCAACGUUUGGGAAGACAAGAAAAAUAACAAUAACAAAAGAAGUCCUUUUGGCUGUCACUGACAAGCUUCGAGCCACAACCAAAACAAAAGACAACGAUGAAGGUGACGAGAAAGACACUUUCUGGGGCGAGGUGUGUCAGGAGCUUGGAAUAUCCGAUUCCAAGACCAAUAGGACACGGCUUCAUCAUGCCUAUAAUCAUCAUAAAAAGAUGAGACACAAGACACAGAUGGUGACCGCAGCACCUGCCAGCCCAUCGACAGACAGUGACCACACGGCCUGCCCCAUCGACAGUGACCACAGUUCCACUGACAUUGACCGCACAGUGCCUGCUACCCCAUCGUCGGUUAGACAGGCAUUCACAGAGACGAGUGAACCAGAAGACGUUUCAGAGUGUAAUUCAUCAGGGACAUAUGACUCCUCAUCACACUCAAAAGAUGGGCAACUCUUACACUCAUUUAAAUUGCCUUCAAAUCCUUCAUUUUUUUUUUGUGCGAACAGUUGGGUCAAAAGGAAAGGGUCACUUUUUUCAUGUGUUGGCUACUGUCGAUUUGAUGACUGUCCUGUGGAGGUCGAAGUUGACAUUGAGGAUGAGUCAUCCCUUAAGGCAGUUGUGACCUUCAGAGGUGAAAAAGCAUGGCACAACUGUGAAGAACUCAAACAUCGGCCUGUGCGUGCAGAUGAAAGGGAUGCACUUGCUAAUGCCCUCACCAGCAAACUUCCCAGAAGUGUGUACCUUGAUAAGCUCAAUAAACUGGAUGACACUGUGUUGGCUUCUGGAAACAGAGACCAGGUACCAUCAACUGGUGUGAUGAAAACAUUGUCCUGGCAGGCAAGAAAGAAGCUGAGAAAACACAGCAAUGAAAUGAUCAGCCUCAGAAAAAUGAUGGAGGAAGAGCUUGAGACUGAGGAAGCAGUCAUUAAAAAAUUAUAG